GCCCGCCACGACUUCCAGGCUUUCCGAGUACAGGGCCGGGGUGAUAGGCGCCAUGCCGCGGGGGAUACCCGGGGAAGGCGCGGGCUGUUGAACGGGGGAGGGGGUGCCGCGGGCGAGCCCUGCCGCGUCCCGGGGUAGGAGUGCAGGGGAAGCGGGGAGACAUGUGCAGCCCAGGCUUUAUUGUAGAGUCCCAGCGGGGGACCCUCGGCAGGGCGCUCCGCUGACUCGGAGGAUGCCCUGGGCGAAAGAGGCGCUGGCCGGUUGCAUCAGGGAGUUACGGGACUGCGAUGCCGCGGGGGAGACAUCGCCGGGCGGGUGGAGAUAAAAUGGGGGUUUCGGGGUCUCUCUGCCUGGCGGAGUUGCGGGUGGAGGCGUAGUGCGGCCGGCUUCGGAGGCAGACCUAGAUGGCAUCAUGUGGGAUGCUCCCCAUUUAGGGAGGGGGGCGACUCGGGGGCGACGGCUUCUUUUUCCUCUGCUGCAGUGGGGCUUUUUUGGGGGGUGGAAUAGAAGGCGGGUCAAUUUCUGAUGUGCCAAGAGGCCUUGGGGAAACAGUUUUAAUUAGCUGAGAAGCAGCAGCUGUUAAUUGGGGUGCGGUGGUUUUCUCCAGAGGGCGACCUAGUAAUACAAGGAUGCAGAGCAGAGGAUGCAUUCGAUCUGUGGCGGAUCCACUUCAAGGCUUUUGUGGGUUAAAGGCUACGUGGGCAUAGAUAUUCUUCCUUAUGAUGGGUUUGUGGUUCUGGGGAAGAUAAUGCUCUCCAUUUAGGGGCCUGUGAACCAUGCCAGCUUUGUCUGUGAAAAAUUAGGGCUUUUCAAAUUUGACUUUAAAAGGAGAGCACCCUGUUAUAUAUAUAUUUUUGGUUGCUGAUGUCUCAUGUGAUGCUUCAUGUUAAUUUAAAUGGAGUGGAGAUUUUGUAGUCAAUCUAUUCCUUUAAUUUUAUCUGGAUAUUAAAAGGCACUAUAUUGAUUCCUGUGUAAAUGUAUUGCUUCAUAUGAUUGUAUUGUAUGUUGAUUUUUUGAUGGAAGCUACCUUUGAGUAGCUGGUUAAUUCUUAGUCAGAUUGAUUGUAAGCAUAAAGCGAUUUAUUGUUGAAACGGUUUACUGUUGUUGAAAGUGUAUCCCUCCUAUUCCAUUAUAUUCAAACUGGGAAAUGUAGGAAAGACUUAAUAAUUGCUUCCCAUUAAUGAUAACAAUUUGAUUGCAGAAACUUUAUUUGCAUUCCUGAGAUAUUACUUUUUUUUUGUUCUGGGAAAUAUUUCUGUGGUGUGGAAGUGUGUGGGAAAGUAGAUAUCGAUACACUCAGGAGAUACCAAGUUUGAAUAGUAGACAGGCUGAAAGAUUUUGGGGUGGAACUACCAGUAUAUAAGAAAUCCUGGUCCCUUGCAGAAUUACAUGUCUGAUUAUUUAAAGGUCCUACUAAACUACUGAAAGAAGCAAUAUUCCAAUGCAAACAUUCAACAGGGUAGCUUUAUUUCGUAAAGUGUUGUUAAAUACUGGAGCAAAACUUACCAGGUUUUUUUAGGAAUAACGUUCAACAAAGAGAGAGGUGGAUUUUUCCACCUUCAAUGUUCCCCCAAGCCAUGUCUGCUUUUGGGGAUGCUCAUGAAUGGUAUAUGGGAGCUCUGAGUCGCCAGGAAGCAGCUGCCUGUCUCCAGGGUCAUCGCCAUGGGACUUUCUUGGUACGGGACAGUACUACAUGCCCUGGCGACUAUGUCCUCUCCGUCAGUGAAAACUCCAAGGUUUCACACUACAUCAUUAACAGCCUCCCUGGGCGUCUACGGAUUGGAGAGCAUGAGUUUGACGGUUUCCCAGCUCUUUUAGACUUUUACCGCCUGCAUUACCUGGACACUACCACCUUGGUAGCCCCCUUGGGACGCGUUGUAGCCCCUUCCUCUGCCCAGACGCCUCCUGCGGGCGAAUGGGUCCGUGCCCUCUAUGACUUUGUUGGCCGUGACCAGGAAGACCUUCCCUUCACCAAAGGGGAGCCUUUGCGAGUUUUAGCCAAGCCAGAAGAGCAAUGGUGGACAGCUCAACGUGCUGAUGGGCGUGUGGGUAUGAUUCCUGUGCCAUAUGUCCAGCCUUGUCCAUAUGCUCAUCCCAGCAGCCAUGGCGCCCCCCGACACGCUCCCGUAGUAGCCAGAGCAGUGCAACGAAGGGUGCCUGGCGCCAGUGACAAGACAGCAUUGGCUUUUGAGGUGGGUGAUCUCAUUGCAGUCACCAAAAUGAAUGUCAACGGCCAAUGGGAGGGAGAGCUGAACGGGCGCCGUGGACACUUCCCUUUCACCCACGUCAAAGUCCUAGACUCUGAGGAAACCAGCUGAACGCCCAAUGGACCACCUGAACUGCUGCUGACCCUCACAGGAUCACAAUGCUCUGAAUUCUGAAUUCCCUUUGAACUUCUUGGACUUUUUGAUGUGUGAACAUUAAAUUAUGACCUCCUCAGUAGACUCUUGUGAUGAUCCACCUCAGUUCCCUGGAUGUGGGUGCUGGGACCAUCUUUACCUCCUCGACUUAGGAAAGCUGCUCCUUGAUAACAUUAUUCUUAAAUGCUGUUGUAGUUGAUUUGUUAUACUUUGAUUUUUCUGGGCUUGUUCCUUUUUGCUUCCUAAGAACUUUACUGCUUUGGCCUUGUGAUUUUCAAUUAUAUGCCCUCGAAGUUGCUUCAUUUGCAUCCUAUGACCUAUGAAACAAGAAGCUCUGAGCUUUUGUGAGGAGCCUUUAUCUCCCUUGGGCCUUGCUUGCUUGGAGAGAACUGGCCAUAUGCUUGGCUUUGACCAGAUAAACAGAACUGUGCCACUUCUUAUAAGACCCCAGCUCAACUCGUUUGUCUGUUCCAAAACUGCCUUGUUAAUUAAAGUUUCCUGCUAAUUAUU